CUGUUACACUGCAGAGGAGGGUGGAGAGGAGCGGGGCGGUAAGAGAAAUUCCCGUAGUCGAGUUGUCCUGAGAAUGAAGUUAGCCAGACUGGCUCUCCAGAUGUGGGCGGACUCUCGGCGCAGGGAGAAAACCCGGCUGGCGCAGGUGGCCGUCACGCGCCAAAUUCCGGUUCAAGAGCACCCGAGCGGGCAGUGGACUCUGGAUUUCUAGGUACCGCGUCUAUUGAAGUCACAGUCAGGGUUAAGGUGAUUCUUGACGGAGGCCUGAGAAAAUGAUGGGAAGCCCUGAAAAGGUAUGACACGUCCAGUUCUCCGAGCUUUUUUCUUUUUUUUAAAUUAAUAGAAGAGCGGGGAAGCAUCACCAUCAACCGAUAUGCCGAGGAAUCCGCGCUUUCCAGCCCCACCCCUGCAGCAGUGAUGCAAAAAGGACAAAUCACCGACGUAGGAAGUUGGGAGAAAGGAAAAUCCCGGGGGGAGAGGAGAGGGAGGUAGCGAGAGUAGGCACCGAGCAGCCUCCAACCACUGGGGCGAGAGGGAGCGCGAUCUGGAGAAACAAACUCCGUAUUAAUAAUUUGAGUUUGGAGUCCAGGGCAUUCGGAGAUUGGGAGCGCACCUUCCAGGCUUCGCUGGAGUUGAGAAAGGGCGGAGCAGGGAAAGAGACGGGCGACUCGACCGAGAGCGGCUGAGUUGGCUGGUGGGACUCUACGCCCGGAGACGCCUGCAAGAGAGGGAGCAGAGCCCGGCUGGCGGUGAGCGCUGGCCAGGAGGGAGCGCACCGCGCAAGGAGGCGGGAAGGGAACGGGCCUCAGCGGAGACCGAGGGGGCGCUGCAUGGACAGCAUGCGAUUCUCCGGGAGCCCCAGCGCGGGGCCCGCGAGCAACUCCAGCCGGUGGUGGCCUCUGACUGCCGGAGGUGCCAACACCAGCGAGGACUCGGAGGCGCUCGGGGAAGACGGCGGCCCGCAGGCGGACACGCGCAACGAGGAGCUGGCCAAGCUGGAGAUUGCCGUGCUGGCCGUGAUUUUCGUGGUGGCCGUGCUGGGUAACAGCAGCGUGCUGCUGGCGUUGCACCGCACGCCUCGCAAGACGUCCCGCAUGCACCUCUUCAUCCGCCACCUCAGCCUGGCCGACCUGGCCGUCGCCUUCUUCCAGGUGCUGCCCCAGCUGGGCUGGGACAUCACCUACCGUUUCCGCGGACCCGACGGGCUGUGCCGCGUGGUGAAGCACAUGCAGGUGUUCGCCAUGUUCGCCUCGGCCUACAUGCUGGUGGUCAUGACUGCCGAUCGCUACAUCGCCGUGUGCCACCCGCUGAAGACGCUGCAGCAGCCCGCGCGCCGCUCGCGCCUCAUGAUCGCCGCCGCUUGGGUGCUGAGUUUCGUGCUGAGCACCCCGCAGUACUUCGUCUUCUCCGUGGUCGAGGUGAGCAACGUCACCAAGACCUACGACUGCUGGGCCAACUUCAUCCAGCCCUGGGGUCUCCCGGCCUACGUGACCUGGAUGACCGGCAGCGUGUUCGUGGCGCCUGUGGUCAUCCUGGGCACCUGCUACGGUUUCAUCUGCCACCACAUCUGGGGCAACGUCCGCGGAAAGACAGCGGGGCGCCAGGGCGCGGGCGAAGGCGCCUUGCACCGAGGAGUCCUGCACGCACGGUGUGUCAGCAGCGUGAAGACCAUUUCCCGCGCCAAGAUCCGCACCGUGAAAAUGACCUUCGUGAUCGUGACGGCCUACGUCGUUUGCUGGGCGCCCUUCUUCAUCAUCCAGAUGUGGUCUGCCUGGGAUAAGAAUUUCUCCUGGGUCGAGUCAGAAAACCCAGCCACCGCCAUCCCUGCAUUACUGGCUUCCUUGAAUAGUUGCUGCAACCCCUGGAUAUACAUGUUUUUUAGUGGCCAUCUCUUGCAAGACUGUGCCCAAAGCUUCCCAUGCUGCCAAAACGUGAAACAAACGUUCACCAGAGAAGAUUCUGACAGUAUGAGCCGAAGACCGACUUCCUUCACUAACACCCGAAGCCCCACCAACAGUAUGGGAACAUGGAAGGACUCGCCUAAAUCUUCCAAGUCCAUCAAAUUCAUUCCUGUUUCAACCUGAGCCCCCUGUGUUCACAGUCUGACUCUUGUAAUGGACUUUUCAGCCCAUUGACUGAAUUCAGCUAGAAUUAUUAGACAAAUGAACUUAUAUAAGAUAUGAUUAAUCAAUCUGUUGAGUACAAGACUGUGUUUCUCCCUGCAUUUUUCACAUUGCUACAAGCAAAAGCAAUUAAUUGUUUUAUACAGAAUGUUAAUAAAAACAUGCAACACUAAAA